GCCUACCGCCGGCAUCUAAACACAGGUGGGAGUGGGAGAUCCCGACAGGUGAGCCCCGCGCCCCGCAGCCACAAGGAUGGAGUUCGUGAAGUGUCUAGGCCACCCGGAGGAGUUCUACAACCUGCUGCGAUUCCGCAUGGGAGGCCGGCGGAAUUUCAUACCCAAGAUGGACCGGAACUCGCUCAGCAACAGCUUGAAGACUUGCUAUAAGUAUCUUGAUCAGACCAGUCGCAGCUUCGCCGCGGUUAUCCAGGCGCUGGAUGGGGACAUACGUCAUGCGGUGUGUGUGUUUUACCUGAUCCUCCGAGCCAUGGACACAGUGGAGGAUGACAUGGCCAUCAGUGUGGAGAAGAAGAUCCCACUGCUGCGAAACUUUCACACUUUCCUCUAUGAGCCGGAGUGGCGGUUCACCGAGAGCAAGGAGAAGCACCGAGUAGUGCUGGAGGACUUCCCCACGAUCUCCCUGGAGUUUAGAAAUUUGGCUGAGAAAUAUCAAACAGUGAUCGCUGACAUCUGUCACAGGAUGGGAUGUGGGAUGGCAGAAUUUCUAAACAAGGAUGUAACCUCCAAACAGGACUGGGACAAGUACUGUCACUAUGUUGCUGGACUGGUGGGAAUCGGCCUUUCUCGCCUAUUCUCUGCCUCAGAGUUUGAAGAUCCCAUAGUUGGUGAAGACACAGAGUGUGCCAAUUCUAUGGGUCUGUUUCUGCAGAAAACAAAUAUCAUUCGUGAUUAUCUGGAAGACCAACAAGAAGGAAGACAGUUUUGGCCUCAAGAGGUAUGGGGCAAAUAUGUUAAGAAGCUGGAAGACUUUGUUAAGCCAGAGAACGUAGAUGUGGCCGUGAAGUGCUUGAAUGAACUCAUAACCAACGCCCUACAACACAUCCCUGACGUCAUCACCUACCUGUCAAGGCUCCGGAACCAAAGUGUGUUUAACUUCUGUGCCAUUCCACAGGUAAUGGCCAUUGCUACGCUGGCUGCCUGUUACAAUAACCAUCAGGUAUUCAAGGGAGUAGUGAAGAUUCGGAAGGGGCAAGCAGUUACCCUCAUGAUGGAUGCCACCAACAUGCCAGCUGUCAAAGCUAUCAUAUACCAGUACAUAGAAGAGAUUUAUCACCGGGUCCCCAACUCAGACCCGUCAGCUAGCAAGGCCAAGCAGCUCAUCUCCAACAUCAGGACGCAGAGCCUUCCCAAUUGCCAGCUCAUCUCCCGAAGCCACUACUCCCCCAUUUACCUGUCCUUCAUCAUGCUCUUGGCUGCCCUGAGCUGGCAGUACUUGAGCACUCUGUCCCAGGUCACAGAAGACUAUGUCCAGAGAGAACACUGACUUUGUUUAGCUGGAAGCGGAAGUCCACGUGAAGUGGGUUUUUCUUCUUCCCCCAGCUGGAUUUUGACUUCCCUUGGUUUUUCCUUCUACUCUAAUCUUUCGGAGAACUGAGUGUGGGACCUUUAGGAACUCUGAAGAGGAAAGGACGCCUUGCCCUCAGCAGCCUGGUGCUUCCUGGAUGUGGUCCCUGCCUCUUGUAGCCACUGGCAUCAUGUUGACCGAAGCACUGGAAAGGCCACAUGUGAUCCUAGUGAACCUGGCUAGAAUGCUGAUUGAAUCUAUUUAAUUUGAAACAGCCUUUGAAUACCUAUCACAGUAGAAAAUGAAGUGACUGGUCCUCUCUUUCUCAUCAGCUUGACGAUAGAAGGGAUUAAUCGUCGAUAUUCUAGGUGAUAACUGCCAAGCUUCCCGAGUGCAGGCGUGGCUUCCCUGCCCAGGGGGCAGCACAAGCAGUCAGUCAUCUUGUGCUGGUGGCCACCUGUCAGAAGCAUGCCCUCCAGGAAAGGCUUGGGAUCUUGAGAUUUUUAUAAUAGCAUGAAAGCCCAGGCAGAUGGCUUGGUGAUCUCAGGACACAGAUCUCAGUAUCUGUCUCAACAGCCAGUUAGCAGGGACUGGGAAGGGCUCGAUGGCUGCCCUGUGUUGCUGGUGAGGGUAAGCAGGCAAUGUGUACCUGCUGCUUCCGCCUGCCACUGGCACUUCCCUACUAGACACCUCCACAGCCAUUUGUUAGGGUUUUCCUUGAAGUCUCAAGACAAAUGAUGACAGAAAGGACCAGUUCUGUAUUGGUGGUUAGUAGGCUACGUUGUCAUGGUGGCCUCUGGCAACCCAGGUACCUGAAAACCAGUUUCAGGGACAGCAGUGGAGAACAUACUCUAGGCAAACAUACUGGCCUGUUUCCUAUUAUAACAAGAUACCUAAGGCCAACUACUUUUUUUACCAAGAGAAGAGGUUUGUUACAGCACAAGAUGAGGUGGCCCUGUCGUUAGCCCUUGAAGGGCCAUGUGGAAAAUAACACGUGGUGAGGGAACAUGUGACAGGAAGCAGGAGUCAAGCCCUACACCAGGCUGACACUGCACGCUCUAACUAGCUCAGACUGGCCUGCAAGUCUAUGUAGCCUUGAACUUGAGUGAUCCCACUGUCUCUCAGCCUUCUGAAUUUCAGUUACAGACAUGAGCCACCCCACUCUUGUCCUGGAAGGCUAGCAUUGAGCCCUUUUGAGAACAGUGCCUCCAAAACCUGAUCACCUUGCACAGGGCCUCAGUCACCUCACUGUCACCCUUUGGGGGACACCACAGACACAGUCUGCUCCCCUUUUCAGCCUGAUGGGCAUGUUGACUUCGCGAGAUGCUCCAGCCAGCUUGGUGGUCCAUUCAGCUUAAGUGAAGUCUCUGUGCCCCAGUGGUAAAUCUGUUUGUAUACAGACUCUGCUAAAUUGCUCACUUGAGGCUCUCAGCCUUGAACAAACACCAUCCUGUUGAAACCAAAGUAAUGUUCCAUGGUUCUUUAACUUCUGUUACAGAAGCACAAAGGUCUUAAUGUUCAUCCUUUCUGGAAGCUACAACUCUUAGCAGUCAUCCCAGCAUGUGGUAGGUGGAGGCAGAAGAGAUUCAAAUUCCUAAUCAGUUAUAGGCUACACAGGACACUGUCUCUCCCAAAAACCUGGGUCUGAGUGAUAGCACCCAGUAGUUCUUCCAGAGGUCCUAAGUUCAAUUCCCAACAACCCCAUAGUGGCUCACAACCAUCUAUGAGGUCUGAUUCCUUCUGAUGUGUAUGAAGACAGCACUCAUAUACAUAAACUGCAUGAAUAAAUCUUUAAAAAGAGGAGGGACAGA